AUGGCCAUGUCAAAUUUUGUAUAUAGUUUCUUUUUAUUCUCCAUUGUACAUUCAUUUUCAAUGCCACCGACAAUAUUAAAAGAACCUGAUUCGGAUAUAAUUUUCGAUCCGCGUAUUAAUCUUGAAUUAAUAUGUUUAGCAAAAGGCGAUCCAACUCUAGUUUAUACAUGGACUAAAAAUGGAUUAUUAUAUACAGUAGAUACACAAAAUAAUAAUGUUAUUAUGGCAAAUGAUUCUGGUACACUUAUUUUUACUCAACCACAAAGUAUUGAUCAAGGAUGGUAUCAAUGUAAUGCAACAAAUAUUUGGGGUACUGCAGUAUCACGUCGAGUUCAUGUACGUCUUGCAGAACUUGGUGCAUUUCCUAUUUAUGAUAGAGCUCAAAUAAUUCAAGUAAGACGUGGUGAUUCAUUAAAAAUUCCAUGUAAACCACCAAUUGGUGUACCUGAUCCAGAAAUUUAUUGGACAGAUAAUGCAAAUGUUGGUGAUCAAUUUGGUUUUCGUGUUGCAAAUCCACGUAUACAACAAGAUUAUGAUGGAAAUCUUUAUUUUCUUAAUGUAAAAGAUGAAGAUGAACAAAAACAAUUUAUAUGUAAUGCAUUUUCACGUAAAUUAAAUGUUAUUCGUCGUGGUACAUUAACAAAAUUACAAGUUAUUCAAUCCGAUCCAAUUGAUCGUAAACCAACAAAAUUAUGGUCAUCAGAUGCAUAUAAAGUUUUUUUAAAAGGAAAAAAUUUAUCAUUAAAAUGUAUAUUUGAUGGUUUACCAACACCAGAUGUUAUAUGGAGAAAAAUAAAUGGUCGUAUACCUGAAAGACGUUCUAGUAUUAUUCUAGAGAAACAAGAAUUAAUUAUAAAUGAUCUUCAAUAUGAAGAUGAAGGUGUAUAUGAAUGUCGAGGACAUAAUGAAUUAGGUUAUGAUACAUUUAGUAUUAAUGUUCAAAUUGAAGCUGAUCCAUAUUGGAUAGAAAAGCCAAAAGAUAUACAUGUAACAGAAGGUGAAACAGUUGAUGUUACGUGUCAUACAGAAGCUAAGCCAACACUAAAAGUUACUCAAUGGUUAAUCAAUGGCAUACCGUUACAAGAUAUCAGCGUUCCAUAUAAUCCACGUCGAGUUAUUAUGAAAAAUCGACUAGUUAUACAAAAUAUAACAAAAUCUGAUACAGCUGUUUAUCAAUGUAAUGUUUCUAAUAUACAUGGUUAUAUUUUUGGAAAUUUUUUUAUUAAUGUUAUUUCGGAAAAACCAAAAAUUCAACGUGGACCGGAUACACUUUAUCGUGUUGUUGAAGGACAAAGUGUCAUUUUACCAUGUGAAACAAAUGGCGUGCCAACACCUAAAGUCUAUUGGCAUAAACGUAAUCGAAUUAUUACUGGUGUAAGAUAUUCCAUAUCAAAAGAUGGAAGUUUAACAAUUCAAGAUGUAUCAUCAUUAGAUAAUGGAAUUUAUAUUUGUAAUGCAACAAAUAAAUUUGGUUCUGAUAUACGUAAUACAACAUUAAAUAUUAAACAAAAAACACGUAUUCAAACUCGACCAAAUAAUCAACAAAUACGUCGAGGUUCACAAGCUAUAUUUCGUUGUACAGCUAUUGCUGAUAAUUCAUUAACAUAUGAUAUUAAUUGGUAUAAAGAUGGUAAAUUAUUAACUUAUACAGGUCGUUUUAUUAAAGAUAUAACAGAUCAAAAUACAUUAAAAAUUGUUGAUGUACAAUUUGAUGAUGCUGGUUCAUAUGUAUGUCGUGCAAGUACAGAAUUAGAUUUUGAUGAUGCAAGUGCAACAUUAAUUGUACAAGAUCGACCAAAUAGACCAAAAAUAACAAAAAUUAUUUGUAAUGGAUCAAAUGAUCAACCAUUUGCAAUUGUUCAAUGGCAAGGAACAGGUGAUAAUAAUGCACGAAUAAUCUAUUAUGAAUUACAAUAUAAUACAUCAUUUCAAACAAAGGAUUGGAUAUCUGUACCUAUUGAACAACGAAAAGAAUCUUUUAAUGAAGUUACAUCACCAGAAGGUUCUAUUAAUUUAGAAUCUAAAACUGCAAUUUUUAAUACAACAAAUAUUCCAUCAAAUCAAAAUGAUUUACGUGUAUCAUUAUCAUGUUGGGCUAAUUAUACAUUUCGUAUUAUUGCUUAUAAUCGUGUUGGUGCAAGUGAUGCAAGUCCUAUUUCAGAAUCAAUGUGUACAACAAAAACAUGUCGACCUAAGACAAAUCCUAUUGGUGUUAAAGCUUCUACUACACAAUCUGUACCAUUAUUAAUCGAAUGGGAUAAUAUGCCUGCAAUAAAAAGGGGUUCACCAACAUUUUGGUAUGAAGUUGGUUGGCGUCAAUUUCCUUUAGGCACUGAUCCAGGACCAUUUUCAAUGCAAAUUAUUUAUCCACCACAACAUCAAUUUCCUAUACCAAAUUCAAUAAUGAAUAUGCGAUAUCAAUAUUAUGUUAAAGCAGUCAAUCAACAACUAGGAGAAAUCAAUAGCACCGGUGCCAUUGAACCUCCAGUGUACAACAUUGCUUUUGCCGGUGAUUCAGCACCAACAUAUGUUCCACGUAAUUUUCGUGUAUUACAAAUGCUUGAUAGUACAACAGUACAAUUUGCAUGGGAUCCACCAUUAUCUUCUGAUGAAAUUAAUAUUCGUGGCGUUCUUAAAGCUUAUCAGAUUGAAAUAUUUCGACUUGAUGAUCCCGUAAAAUCUCGUCUUGUGAUAUCUGAUAUUUUACCAAAUCAAACUUGGACAACAGUUUUUAAUGCACCACCUAAUGCUGAUGUUGGUGCUCAUAUUCGUAUUGAAACAGAACGAUAUUUUGGACCAACAAGUCCUGUUAUUCAAUUUCCUACACGAGAAGGUCGUCCAGGACCAGUAACUAAUUUACGUGGUGUACCUUAUACUAGUAAUGGAAUUUUUCUACUUUGGGAUCCACCAGAUGAAACAAAUGGUGUUAUAAUUGGUUAUCAAAUUGAUUAUAAACCUAUUGAAAGUAUUGCUUCUCAACCCGGUAUUGAUCAACCUUCAAUAUUACUUCGUGAUGAUACUCGUCGAAAUUAUCUUCUUAGUAGUCUUAAUCCAGAUACAAAAUAUCGUGUUCAAGUACGAGCACGAACAUCAGUUGGUCCAUCAAUAAGUCCAGCUAUUAUUGAGCUAACAACAAAUUUAAGUCUUGCUCCAUCAAAACCAACAUUUACAGUAACUCAUCGAGGACAAACAUUUUUUAAUAUCUCUUUUGAUCCAACAAUAAUGACUGUUCCUGGUAGUCUAUAUUUUGUACAAUAUAAAGAAAACGAUAAAGAUGAUCAAGCUAAUUUUAAAACAUCUUAUACUGUUUCAAAUGAUCGUACUAUUUUUGUUAAUGGACUUGAAGCUGGUAAAAUAUAUACAACAAUAUUAGUUGCCAGUGAUGGUAUUCAAGCUGAAACUAAAAGUGAUCCUCAAAUGGUAUCAACACUUAAUAAGGGUACAUUUUUAUAUCUUUAUUUUUUUUUUUUACUUAAGAAAAAUUUCUCUUGA